AAAUUUUACAUUCACUUUGGCAACGUUGCAUGAGUCAGAAAAUCGACAUUCAUUAAUUUGGUUAUGUUAUUAUAAGCAGAUUUAAACAUUCCAAAAAAUAAACUGAAAUCGCUUUAACAAAAUGAACUUACAAACAUGCAUAGUCUUUGGAAUGGCAUUUAUUAUGAUUAAUUGUAUUACUGAAGAGGACGAAGGUGUUAAAUAUGCCAAUAAAUGUGAAGUUUGCAAAAUACUAGCGAUUGAAUUGCAAAGUCGAUUGGAAGAAACAGGAAAAACACACGAUGUGAUAGAGACUGGUUACUCAGUUGACGAUAUCAAACCCAAGAAAAAAACAGAAUACAAGAAGUCAGAGCUGCGCUUAAUUGAAUCACUAGACGGAGUAUGUGAACGCAUUCUCGAAUACAAUAUCCACAAGGAAAGAGAGGAUAGUACUAGAUUUGCCAAGGGUAUGAGCCAGACGUUCCAAACAUUACAUGGACUAGUAGAUAAAGGAGUGAAAGUCGAACUUGGUAUCCCAUAUGAACUUUGGGAUAAGCCCAGUGCAGAGGUUACCAAUAUGAAAACGCAGUGCGAGACACUGUUGGAGGAAAAUGAGGCUGAGAUAGAAGACUGGUAUUUCCAACACCAAGAAGGAGGCGAGCCUUUGAAAACAUUCUUAUGUGAAAAAGUAGUUCUUAAGGGUGAGAAUCUUAAGUGUCUGAAUGAGCAGUUAAAAGGAGAGACCGAUCAAGACCAACCGAACACUGUCAAAAAGGGAACUAAAGACAAAAUUAGAAAACAUGCUAAAAAAAUUGAUGAGAACAAGGAUGAAUUGUAGAGUCACUGCUUUUCAGUUAAAUCAUAGCUAUACAUAAAACAGAGUUUGCAAUAAGUACAGUUUCACUAGCACUAUUGUAAGGGUAAAUUGAUAAGUGGUUUUGAAUCAAUAAAACGCUUUAAAACUA